UAGCAUUUUCGGAAAGUAAGAUAUUAGCAUCGACUUGAUAAACUUUUGCAUUUUUCUCAAACGAUAUCUCGUUAAAUUACGAAUACAAAGUUUGAAAUAACACACAAAAUUAGUUUUCCACCCAAUAUCAUGGAGAUACAAAAAGAAAUUAGGUUUUUCGUCGAUCACAAGGAACAUACUGUUGCAAUUAAAAAUGUUCCUCCUGAUACAACCCUCAAUACCUAUCUCAGAGACAACAUGCACCUCACAGCCACGAAAAAAAUGUGCCUGGAAGGAGGUUGUGGCACGUGUAUCGUGGCGGCAGAAAUGCUGGACAGCAAUGGAACCAAAAAAGUUCUAGCUAUAAAUUCUUGUUUGGUUUCGGUAUUUCAAUGCCAUGGUUGGAAAAUUCUUACCAAUGAAGGAAUAGGCAAUCCGACCAUUGGUUAUCAUAAAAUUCAGAAAACUCUGGCUGAUAAUAAUGGUUCUCAAUGUGGGUUUUGUUCGUCUGGCAUGGUGAUGAACAUGUACGCGUUACUAGAAUCCGGACCAAAAACACAAGCUCAAAUUGAAAAUUCCUUUGGAGGAAACCUAUGCAGAUGUACAGGGUACAGACCCAUAUUGACAGCUUUCAAAACACUAGCCUCUGAUGCUGAUCCUAAAAACAAAAUAGAGGAUAUUGAAGACGCCAAACCUUGUAAAAAAUCCAAAUGUGUCGACGUUUGUACGAGAAACUGUAAAAAAGCUCCGGUUUAUUUUGAACUGGGAGAAUCGAAGUGGAUUAAAGUGUACACACUAAGCGACUUACUCAAUACCUUGAAAACAGUUGGAUCAAAAACAUAUCAGUUAGUUGGAGGAAACACUGCAAGAGGAGUAUAUUGGCCAAAUUCUUUCCCAGAAGUCAACAUAGAUAUCACCAGUGUUGGUGAGUUGACUUCAUCAAGCGUGAGCGACGAUAGCGUUAUAUUGGGAGCAAAUUGUUCACUGACAUUCACGAUACAAAAAUUUCAAGAAAUCGCAUCACAGAAAGCUCAAUUUUCGUAUUUAAGUAAAAUGGCUGAUCAUAUCGAUCUAGUAGCUCAUGUACCUGUUAGAAAUAUCGGGACUAUAGCCGGGAAUUUGAUGACCAAGCAUCAACAUCAAGAAUUUCCUUCUGACAUAUUUCUUAUUCUAGAAACAGCCGAUGCCACUCUGGUUAUAGUUGAUCUGGAGGGGAAUACAACUAUGGUUUCACCCCAAGACUUUUUGAAACUUGACAUGAACAAAAAAGUUAUGAAGCAAAUUAUUCUCAAUGCUUACGAUAGCAACAUAUAUUCAUACACCAGCUAUAAAAUCAUGCCGAGAGCCCAGAACGCGCAUGCUAUGGUCAACGCGGGAUUUCUACUGCGUUUCGUACCAUAUUCCAUUCCAAAAAAGGUACAAACAGCCCGAAUAGUCUAUGGAGGCAUCAACCCUAACUUCGUACAUGCCAAAAACGCAGAGACUGUACUCAAAGGAAAAGCAAUAUUUGAUAAUAGUACUUUGCAAGCUGCUUUUAAAGCUCUAGAUGCUGAAAUUGUUCCUGAUUGGGUACUACCAGAUCCCAAGCCAGAAUUUCGUAAACAAUUAGCUAUAAAUUUAUUCUACAAGUACGUCCUAAGUAUAGCCCCAACGACCCUACUAAGCUUAAAAAAUCGAAGCGGUGGUACUAUACUCUCCCGAUCUGUUUCAAAAGGAACUCAACAAAUUUACAGUAACCAAAGUUUAUAUCCUUUAACUCAACCAAUGAUCAAACUAGAAGCAUUGGCUCAAACUUCUGGUCAAGCAAAGUACGUUUUGGAUAUUCCCGAUCUUCCUAAUCAACUCCACGCUAUUUUGGUUCAAGCAAAGAAGGUACCUGGUUCUACAAUUACUAGUAUUGAUACCCAGGUUGCUCUGGCACAGCCUGGAGUAGUUGCCUUUUUUUCUGCCAAAGAUAUACCGGGUGUUAAUAGCUUUGCUGUUCCAAAUUGCUUUCAGAAUAUAGUAGAAGAAGUGUUUUGUAGUGGAACUGUCAAGUACUAUUCGCAACCAGUCGGGAUUUUGGUAGCUGUGGACCACGAAACAGCUACCAUUGCAGCUAAUUUAGUAAAAAUAAGUGUUACAGCACCUAAGGAAGCUCCUUACAUUAAUAUAAGAGAUGUUUUGUCAAGGAAUGCUACUAGUCGUGUAAAUCACAAGACUUCGUUUAUACCGAAAGGCAAAGGUACAGACAUUAAAAAAGUUAUUAAAGGUGAAACCUACGUAGGAGGUCAGUACCAUUUUCACAUGGAAACUCAGACGUGUCUGGUAGUUCCUACUGAAGAUGGACUGAAUGUUUUUGCAUCCACACAAUGGAUGGACCAAGUACAAGGUGCAAUCUCUCAAGUUUUGAACAUGCCCUCACAAAAGAUCAGCGUUAUUGUAAGACGUUUGGGUGGUGGUUUUGGAGCUAAAGUUAGCCGAUCAGCCUUGAUCGCAUCAGCAGCUGCAUUGGCAGCUUCGAAACUGAACAAACCCGUGAGGAUUUGGAUGAAUUUCAACGACAACAUGGACAUAAUAGGCAAAAGGUUUCCUUGUCUAUGCCAGUACGAAGUUGGAGUCAACAGUUCUGGAAACAUUCAGUACUUAAAGGCUGAUAUAUACAGUGAUGUUGGUGUGGGGGGUAAUGAAUCCAUAGAAUUACUGAUUGUAGGACAGUUCCAGAAUUGUUACAUAGGAGAUUAUUUUGGAUACGACACAUACUAUGUUACUACGGAUAAUCCAGCAAAUUGUUUUACUAGAGCACCAGGAAAUUGUGAGGCAGUAACUUGUAUAGAAUCGAUCAUGGACCAUAUAGCUCACGAACUGAAGCUAGACCCUGUAUCUGUUCGUCAGGCGAACCUUGAUUCGAAAAACAACACUAUUUUGUUGAACAUUUGCAAAGAAAUCGAUCAAACUGACGAUAUCCAAGCCAGGAAAUCCAAUAUAACUUUGUAUAAUCAGGCUAAUAGAUGGAAAAAGAAAGGCUUGAGUUUGGUACCGAUGAGAUGGGACAUGGACGUAGUCGUUAGUCACAUGACAUUGGUAUCCAUUUACCAUCUGGAUGGGGGAGUUGCAGUUACACAUGGUGGUGUUGAAAUGGGCCAAGGAGUUAAUACAAAGGUUGCCCAAGUCUGUGCAUACAAAUUUGGAAUACCCAUGGAACAGGUUUCAGUGAAACCCAGUUACAACGUGAUAACUCCAAAUAAUUUCCCUUCUGGGGCUAGCUUAACUUCCGAGGGAGUUGUUUUUGCAUUGUUGAAGGCUUGCGAUGUGCUUCUAGACCGUAUUAAACCCAUUAAAGACAAGAAUCCAAACGCUAGUUGGAAAGAACUGAUACAGUUGUGUUAUGCAGCAAAUGUCAAUUUGAGUUCAAAUGGAUUCUAUGCCCCUACUCUACCCGAUGUCCACAACUAUCCAAUAUUCGGGUGCUGUGCCCUGGAAGUUGAAGUCGACAUCUUAACCGGAAAUCACCAAGUAACCAGGGUUGACGUCAUCGAAGACGUAGGUCAAAGCAUGAGCCCUUUGAUCGACAUAGGACAACUCGAAGGAGCCCUUGUUAUGGGCAUGGGAUACCAGUCCACAGAAGAACUGAUUUACGACACAAAAACCGGAAGAUUGACAAACGACAGGACAUGGAAUUAUAAGCCCUUCGGCGCUAAAGAUAUCCCUAUAGAUUUUAGGGUUAAAUUCCCUAAUAAUACUUUUAAUCCUGUUGGGGUUUUGAAGUCCAAGGCUAUAGCCGAACCUCCUUUGUGUUUGACGGUUUCUUUAGCUUUGGCAAUCAGGUUGGCGGUGGGUAAUGCUCGUAGGGAUGCUAAUGCUACGGCGUCGACUUGGUAUCCAAUAGACGGUCCAUCUACAGUUGAAAAUACGUUGCUCAAUACUUUGAAUAACUACACUCAAUAUACUUUGUAAUUUAGUGUUUUAUUAAUAAACUUAUAUUUUUAUCCUGUAUAUAAAUUAGAAUGUACUUGUUUAUAGUUAUAAAGAAUUUUAAAUGUGCUUAAAUCUAUCUACAUAAUAUAUUAAUAUAUAAAAUCCUGAAGU